GAGCGCCUUUUGUAAACCUUUUUCUGAGAACAAGUUAGAGGGAGAGAAGCCUUGCCGCCUUCGAUAAACUCCUCCCUGACAUAAAAUGAAACUUUUAGAAAGAGAGAGGGGUUUUGCCAAUCCAUUUCCAUGUUUAAUUGCAGGGUGAGAGAGGCCUUGAAGGAAGAAUAAUCAUUCUUUUAGAGCAUUACAGUUACAAAAUUCAUCGUUAGAGAGAGAGAGAAAGAUCGUUAGAGAGAGAUCCAUUGCGUUCGGUGAAGGAAGAUGAAGAAAUUGGGGGCCUCCUCUCUCUGUAUUUUUUCUCUGUACUAGAGCAUAUUAUCCAGUCUUGCAAAUCGUACUCAGGAUGAAAAUGGAGCAUACGGGAAACAUUGGGCCGGAUCCAUUAGCACUAUUGGCAUUGGAGACAACCAAGGCCCAGUAAAAAACCUAGAGAUAGAGCGAGAGUCGUGGGAAGGCGAAGAAUGCCUAAGGAGGAAGCAUGGACCAACUUCCCUCGAGAUUUGAUGGUGGGUGCUGUUAUGGGUGGCAUGGUUCACACAAUCGUGGCACCCAUCGAGCGUGCAAAGCUUCUUCUUCAGACCCAAGAGAGUAACCUGGCCAUUACAGGUGGGAAACAUAGGAGAUUCAAGGGCAUGUUUGACUGUAUAAUCAGAACUUUCAGAGAAGAGGGCGUCCUCUCUCUAUGGAGGGGAAAUGGAAGCAGUGUCCUUAGGUAUUACCCAUCCGUGGCCCUCAAUUUCUCUCUCAAGGACCUGUACAGGACCAUGCUGAGGAACAGCACAUUCGAAGACGACCCUGUCUCAUCCACACGUGCCAACUUCAUUGCAGGGGCUGCAGCUGGCUGCACUACCCUCAUCAUCAUCUACCCCCUUGACAUUGCCCACACUCGCCUUGCUGCCGAUAUUGGUAAACAGGAAGCCCGGCAAUUUAAGGGCGUUUGCCACUUUCUAAGGAGCAUCUACAAAACUGAUGGUGUCAAGGGGAUAUAUCGUGGACUCCCAGCCUCUCUUCAUGGUAUGAUAGUCCAUAGAGGACUUUAUUUUGGGGGCUUUGACACUGCAAAAGAGAUUCUUGGAGGAGGGUUGCCUUUUUGGAAGAGGUGGAUAGUGGCACAAGGGGUAACAACAUCAGCAGGAUUGAUUUCUUACCCGUUGGACACAGUGAGAAGACGUAUGAUGAUGCAAUCAGGGGUUGAGAGACCGACUUAUCAGAGUACGCUAGAUUGUUGGUCCAAGAUUUAUAGGUUAGAGGGUGUCAAGUAUUUUUAUAGGGGGGCACUCUCAAACAUGUUCAGGAGUUCAGGUGCUGCAUUGAUAUUAGUAUUGUAUGAUGAGAUCAAGCACUUCAUGAAUUGGGGGAGCUUGUAAAAGCAUAGUGAUCAUUCUAUUCAUUUCUCUGAGCAAGGUUUUUGCAACCCUGUUUUUUUUAGGGUGGUGGGGGCAUGGGGUAGGGGAAUUGAGAGUGCAAGUUGCUUCUUGUCUGUUUCUGCUGCCGUUGAUGUAUGAUAGAUAUGAGAGGUUUCCGGUUACUGUUUUUUCAAAAUUCAUUGGGAAAAUGGAGUUUUGUUUGUGCUGAUGAGCAUGUCAAAAUUGUAAGCAUUGUGCAAGGAGAAAUCAUCUUCAAAUUUUUUAGUUGA